ACAACGCUUCGUCUGGUCACACGUGAGAGCUAAAGUACCUGUUGCUGCUACAAGGAUUUUACCAUGAGUGCCAGGUUCCCUGUUCGGCCGACGCCAGCGGAAAGACUCAAAGACCUCCCUGCUGUCCCAUGGGACGCCCUCCCACAGGAGGCACUAGUAAAUGUGUUUAGCUACCUGUGUGAUGGGGACAGGUUGGAAGCGUCCCUGGCCUGUAAGGCCUGGCACAGAGUCUUUACAAUGGCCUGCCUCUGGCGUCACCGCACUUUUAAGUUUCGAGGAACCAAGAUGCAGCAGGGGUGUUAUGACGGAUUCCUCCACGAGCACGGACAGCACCUGGAGCACAUGAUUCUGGAGUUUGCUAAACCCAACACAGCCGUCGUACAGUGCUUCGAAGCAUUCGUGGCCACAGCGAAUAAGUGCGCUGCACUCAGACUUCUGUCAAUCAAGGUUCGGGUCCUCUGGUUCUCCUUACAGCGGAAGGGAUGGUCCGCUUAUCGAACAAAGAUCGUGCAAGCCCUGUGUUUGCUGCUGAAACGGCAACCGAUGCUGCAAGAGGCCGACUUUUUCUUCUGCCAGUUCACACACAACGAGGGUCUGCAGGUGCUGAAGGCUCUCACUGGUGACCUGCCCUUGAUGACCAGGCGGAAUAUCAUCUCUCUGAGCCUGAGAGAAUACUUCGAGGUUGGGACACAUUACAUGAGCUUGAGGACCUUCUCCGAGGUCAUGGGUCGCUUUCCCUCGCUCGCUUUCCUGCAUCUGGACCAGCAUUACCUGUGUGAGGCCGUGCUGGACAAGCUCAUCACCGGCUGCGCACAAACGCUGCGCCACCUGUACAUUGUGAUGGACAACAGGAACGAUCACGCCAUCGACUCGCACACCUGGUCGCUCGCUGUCCAGCGGUGUCCGUCACUGACUGUCACAGUGAGGUUAGAUGUAUGCUAUCUCUUCGAGGAUUACUACUCUCGUGUGCUCGUGGCGUCAAUGCCUUUGACCAGAGUGUUUCUAUGGGACACGUGCGGGAGGCGUGACAUAACAUUUGCUGACGUGGCGCGUUUCCUCGGCUAUGUGUCAGAACUUUUCUUCAACACCAUCGAGGAAGUGUGCCUAAAGGCUGAAAAAUUCCUGAAGGUGGACGACGAGGCUGAGCGAUACCGUAAGAUGGAAAAGGCAGUUGUAAAGCUCAACGAGAGAUGCGUCCAACUCAAGAGACUUUAUUUUUGUAUCCCCCUGAAGCCAGAGACACUGGACAAACUGUCACGUGUUGUAGUCGCCCGCCUACAGAAUGAAAUGAAACGCCUCGAGGUGACGGUUGUUGAUGAAAAGAUGUCACCAGAAUAUAUCGAGGAAAGAUGGCCAACAUUGCGUGCCUUGAGCCAUGAUGAGUUUCAUUACGAUGAUUUUUAAAAUUUUUUAAUAACUUAGUAUUGCCUCGUUAGGUUUACUAACGAUCGUGUGCAAAAGGCAAUACUGUAUAUUGAAUGACGAUUUCUGAAUCAAACUUUUUCUGUAUUUUUUUAGUCUGUUUUUAAAAGCAUAACUUAAAUGACGGAUGAAGUCGUCUACUUUAUACUGAAGAUGACAGCAAGUUUAUUUUUCACAGUUGAACCGUUCUCCGACCAGCAGCUGCUGCUAAUGAUGAUGAUGAUCAUGAUGAUUGAUGAUUGAUGAGUAGUGGCCAUAGCAACCAGCUAUUGACUUUCAAAUCUGUCCAAUAAAUAAAAAUAACCCCCAUAAGUAUAAAUUGUCACCAGACGCACACAACAACCCAUGGUAUGCAGAAUAUUUGUAAUCGACAUCAGAAGCGACUAAGUUGUGCAACAAAGAAGACAUUAAUGAAUUUCAUAACGAGAAGCGAUCGCAGUUCAGAAAACACAAACAUCACAUCUUUUUGUUGUUGUGCCUUCUGUUCGUGGAAGUCACAGUUCGCUGCCUUCAUGCGGGGUCAACAUUUUCUUCAUGGUUAUCUCCCCUCGUACGAUUUUCUGCACAAAGAAAUUUGUUUUGAUGAGUAAUAUAGAGCAGAUUUUACUUAUACUUGAUAGAACUCUUAUAUGACAACUGGAUCACAGAAUUAAUGGGCAAGAAUAAAAAAAUUUCUAAUUUACGUUUAUGUAGAAUUCUUGCGAAAGACAUGCCGUGGAGAGAAUAUCCGAAAGAAUUUGCCGCAUGGAGCUUUCAGGUGUGUGGAGAAUCGAACUCUGUCGAUCAAUUGACUGUUAGUCGGACUGUAGUG